AUGAAUAUUACUGGACUUGGAGUCAGCUUUCUAUCUCUCUUUUCUAUCUAUACUUUGGAGACAGGUGCUUCCUGUCCAUCCAAUGUACUGGAGGCUGCAAGCAUCAUUGAAAAGGUGGAGAAGCACGAGGUUUGCGAUCUUCACAACAUGGAUCUUGAGGAGGUUUCCCUGGAGAUCAUGGAAGCUCUGAAGUGCAACAAGGAGGUCAAGAAACUUAACCUGUCAAACAACAAGCUAAAGACAUUGCCUGCGGAGUUUGGGACCUUGAGCGAGCUUGUGGAGCUUGAUCUUUCCUGUAACGAGAUGGAGAGCAUCCCCCAGGAGAUUGGGAAUCUGAAAAGUCUAGAGGUCCUUGAUCUAUCGAACAACAAGCUGAGGUCGUUUCCAUGGAAGCUCCUGAAGCUUGGGAAGACCGGAGCGCUGAAGAAUUUGGAUCUUAGGUCAAACCCGUUCUACAGGAUCUUUCACACAGCGCUGGCAAGAUUUUUCCUGAAGCUCUUCUACGGAGACUUUGUCAAGACAGGCUAUGUCUGA